AUUGAGCCAGUUCCAUGAACCAUGAGGCUGUCACUGCCACUGCUGCUGCUUCUGGGGAACUGGGCUAUCCCAGGGGGCCUCGGGGACAGGGCUCAGCUCACAGCCACUGCCCCACAGCUGGAUGAUGAAGAGAAGUACUCAGCUCACAUGCCUGCUCACCUCCGCUGUGAUGCCUGCAGGGCAGUAGCCUACCAGAUGUGGCAACAUCUUGCAAAGGCAGAGGCCAAGCUUCACACCCCAGACUCUGGAGGGCAUCAGGAGCUAAGUGAGUCAGUAUACACAGACGUCCUGGACCAGAGCUGCUCCCAGACCUGGCAGGACUAUGGAGUCCGAGAAGUGAACCAGGUGAAACAUCUCACAGGCCCAGGACUUAGCAAUGGGCCAGAGCCAACCAUCAGUGUGAUGCUCACAGGGGGCCUCUGGCCCACCAGGCUCUCCAGGACAUGUUUGCACUACUUGGGGGAGUUUGGAGAAGACCAGAUCUAUGAAGCCCACCAACAAGGCCAAGAAGCUCUGAAGGCAUUGCUGUGUGGAGGCCCCCGAGGGGCUUGCUCAGAGGAGGCGCCAGUCACAAGGGCAGAGCUCUAAUCCAACUCCUCCUUCCCCUUCGGGUGGUCUGCUCCUGAAGGGGGCGCGGCUCCUUCUAGAUCUGCCCCACUUUUUUCUGCAAGCUGCCUGAGGGCAAGGAGGCCUUGCUCUUCUGUACUGUCACUCUCCCUACCUCCUUCAGCUUUAGGGUGGGGGUAGGCAAGGCCUUUCUCUCUGGACUCAAAUAAA